AUGGAACAUAUGAAGCCUAUGGGUCGUGUGGCGGAAAACUGGAUGAAAUGGAGACAACGCUGGAAUCUUUACGCGAAAGCCAGUGGAGCCGACGAAAAAGACGAAGAGAUUCAGUGUGCAAUUUUCCUUCACACAAUCGGAGAAGAAGCAUUGGAAAUCUACGAUACUUUCACCUUCACUGAAACUGAACAAGAUAAGAUCGAGCCGCUCAUUCAGAAAUUUGAGAGCUACUGUACACCAAGGAAAAACACGACAUACGAGCGAUAUAUACUUAAUACGUGUGUACAAAACGGAAGAAAACUCGAUGCAUUUAUACUUAACCUUCGCAACAAAGCAAAGACCUGUGAAUCUGAAUCACUAACGGACAGCUUAAUUAAAGAUAGGAUCGUUUCCGGAAUCGACAGCAACAACAUCAGAGAGCGUUUGCUCCGAGACAACGACCUCACGUUGGAAAAGGCGAUUAUCAUCGUUAGAGCCGCAGAAACAAGCAAGACCCAAGUACAAAAGUUAAAUAAUCCUUCGCUCGAAGUCGAAUCAAUUCACAAGAAUUUUGAAUGA